AUAAAAUGAAACAUAAUAAUUAAUUACCUGUAUCAACUUUAAGAAAACACCAAUAAUACAGAAUUAGAACAUUCUUUGACUAAGCCGCACAAAAAAAGCUAGAUUACAUAAAAGAUAAUCAAAAGCAGCUGCACUUUUCCCAAGACCAAUUGAAAAAUUACAUCCAGUAGUCAGAAAGCAAACUUAAAGAUAUAACAAAUCUACCAAAUUAGGAAGAGGUUUUACUUUAUAAGAAUUAAAAGCUGCAGGACUUUCAGCUAGAAUUGCCUAAUCAGUCGGUAUUUCAGUCGAUCAUAGAAGAAAAAAUAGAUGCUAAGAAUCUUUAGAUUAAAAUAAGCAAAGACUUUUAGCUUAUGUAAGCAAACUCGUUUUAUUGCCAAAACGUCAAAAUAAACCUAAAAAAGGUCUUAUUAAUGAUACAACUGAAAAGGUUGAAGUAGGUUAAGUUGCUUUGAGCACUGUUGUUCCAGUUAAAUAAGAGUCCAAGAGAGAAAAGGCUGUAACUAAUUUACAGGAACUUAGAAAGAAAAAAGUUUACAGAAUUAUUAGAUAAGAAAAGACAAACUAAAAAUGGGACGGAUAAAGAAGAAAAAAAGCUGAAGAAGCUAAUGCUGAAACUAAAAAAGCUAAAUAAAAUGAGUGAUUUUGUUUUUUAAAUAAAUUAUUGACUUUUUUCUCUCUUUAUUCCUAUCUUUUGUGUUUUUUAGGCAGUUUUUUAAGAAGAGAGAGAAAAAAAUAAAAAUAAUCAAAUUCAUAUGUAUUGCGCAUUAUAUGUAUCCUUUUUUGUUUAGAAUUAAUAUAUUC